AUGGCUACUGCAGGCCCCUUCGUCCUCCCGGGUGACGAGAUCGACGCGUCUCUGAUCCCCUCGCAUCAGAAACUUCCUCUCAGAUUGGGCCCCGGCCUUCGACAUGUUCCUCCCCGGCAAAUAGUGCCUACAAUCGCUGGCAAACUCGUCACAGACCGCAAGAAGAACUCGAUAUGGGUUGAGCAAACGGGUGGACGGUACAUUCCCGCCGUUGGCGACCUCGUCGUCGGCACCGUUCAGCGCUCUGCCUCAGAAAUCUUCUACGUCCUCUUGGCCGACUACUCGACGCCUGCGAUCCUGCCCCAACUCGCCUUCGAAAUGGCAUCAAAGAAGAACCGCCCGAACCUGGCAUCUGGCGCCCUUGUCUAUGCGCGUGUCACCCUAGCGAACAAGCACAUGGACCCCGAGCUCGAGUGUGUUUACCAGUCCACCGGUAAGGCCGAUGGUCUCGGACCCCUCGUCGGCGGCACUGUCUUCAACAUAUCCUUGGGCAUGGCGCGUCGCCUGCUGAACCCCAAGACAACCGAUUUGGUGGUCUUGGAGGAGCUGGGCGCAACGGGUGCGGCGUUCGAAACUGCCGUAGGGCGGAAUGGAAAGAUUUGGGUCAACAGCGAGAGCGUCAAAGUCAUCAUUGCGGUGGGACGAGCUAUCCAGGAGACAGACGAGCGCAGUCUGUCAGUCGAGCAGCAGAAGAAGCUCGUCAAGUCCUUAAUCAAAGAUUUGAGUUAA